AUGAGCAUAAAUGCAGAUCCAUUCGGCCUGCCGGAUGGCGGCACCACAACGACUGGUCAGCUGGUUAUGAGUAUUGCGCAGAGUGGUUCCGACAAUGGCCUCAAAUGCUUCGAGACGUUGGUCAAGGCGGUGUGCAAUACGGUCGACAAGCCCGAGGAGCCCAGGUACAGGGAGCUUCGGCGCGAUGUUGCUGCAGUUGUCCAGGUCGAUGCAGUCCCUGCCUGUGCGAUGCUUUUGCGGAGACUGGGCUUCAAGGACAUGGGUGAUCGGUACCGUCUUCAGUACAGCGGUCUCCGGUCUUCUGAGGUCGCUCGUUUCCAGUGUGCACUGAAUGAGCUGGAGCAUUGCAGUGACCUUGUGGUCCGCCUGGCUCCAGCCAUCCAUGCCUUGGGUCUUCACUGGACCAAGCCCGAUGGGAGCUCCACCUUUAUGCCUGGUCCCACAUAUCGAGAACGCCAGCAGCGAGAUCGUGACUUGCUCCAGAGUGCGAGAAAUGGAGGUUCCUGGACCGGGCAGACGGCGCGCGGGGAUCUCCCAUCUGCCGAAGAUGAGGAGGAUGCGCAGCUGCAGGAAGCACUCAGACUGUCGAUGAUCGAAAGCUGA